ACAGCACGGCAUAAAGCCCAAAAAAGAUUUCAGAGAGAGAGAGAGAGAAACAUUCCGAGAGAGAUCUAACAGCAAUGGGGUGAGAGAAAUGCAGAGCAGCUGGAGCUAUUUUCUUGCAGCUGUGAUCAAAUCCCAACUUAGUUUUGAUUUCUUCUGGUUAAUUUCUAAAGUUUCUGCGACAGCAACAAUUUUUCUUACAUGAUUUCUGGACUUGGUUUCUGUUAAUUAGGUACAAGGAGUGACAGCUUGAAAACUCAAUUCUAUCUAUUAAUAUUGAAUUGGGUUGUUUAAAAUAUAGCCAUCUGGUUCUGGUUUGAUCCAAAAAUUGAGCUUUUGUGAUAGUUUACAGCAUUCAUUGGAGUUAUGGCAACCCUUUCACAAGCGGAAUCUAGACGCAUGUACUCUUGGUGGUGGGACAGCCACAUAAGCCCCAAAAAUUCAAAAUGGCUUCAGGAGAAUCUUACAGAUAUGGAUGCAAAAGUCAAAUCGAUGAUCAAGCUUAUUGAAGAAGAUGCUGAUUCCUUUGCAAGGAGGGCAGAGAUGUAUUACAAGAAACGUCCAGAGCUUAUGAAAUUGGUUGAAGAAUUCUAUCGAGCAUAUCGUGCAUUGGCUGAAAGAUACGAUCAUGCAACUGGGGUGAUUCGGCAUGCCCACCGGACUAUGGCAGAAGUGUUCCCAAAUCAAGUCCCCUUGGUACUGCCUGAUGAUUCUUGUGCUUCUGAGACAGAUCCCCAUACACCCGAGAUGUCAACCCCUAUACGUGCAUUAUUUGACCCUGAUGAUUUGCAAAAGGAUACUUCAGGGCUCUCUUCAUCACAUUUCCAUGCUGCCAAGAGGAAUGGGGCCCAUACUGAAGAGUCUGAUUUUGUAACAAAUAGAAAGGGUUUGAAACAGUUCAAUAAUUUGUUUGGGCUCGGAGAAGGAAGGGUGAGAAAGGGCCUCAAUUUUCAUGAGGCAGAGGAAAAGGAACGAAGCAUCCAGCGCAAGGAGAACCAUAGUACCCAGGAUCGAGCCUUGUCAGAAUUUGAAGUGGGUAAGUUUGAGAAGGAAAUUCAAAUAUUGAGGGACACCCUAGCCAAAUUAGAAGCUGAAAAGGAGGCUGGCCUAGCUCAGUACCAACAGAGUUUGGAGAGCUUGUCUAAGCUAGAGUCAGAAGUCUCUCGUGUGCAAGAGGAUUCCAGAGCACUUAAUGAGCAAGCAAAAGCUGAAUGUGAAGUUCAAACUUUGAAGGAAGCUCUCAGUAAAUUGGAAGCUGAAAAGGAAGCUAGUCUUCUUCAGUACCAGCAGUGUAUGGAAAGGAUAGCCAGUCUAGAGAAUGUUAUCUCUCAAGCCAAAGAGGAUGCUGGGGAACUCAAUGAGCGAGCCCAUAAAGCUGAAACUGAAGCUCAAGCCCUAAAGCAAGACCAUGCUUUGAUGGAAUCUGAAAAAGAUGUUGCUUUAGGUCAAUACAAACAAUCCUUGGAGAUAAUAUCAACUCUAGAGAACAAAGUACUGCUUGGUGAAGAGGAUGCUAGAAAGUUUAGUGAGCGAGCUGACAAAGCUGAAAGGCAAGUUGAAACUCUGAAGCAAGCUCUUGCCAAAUUGACUGAAGAGAAGGAAGCUGCUGCUCUACAGUAUCAGCAAUGCUUGGAGAAUAUUUCAAGGCUAGAGCAUAAAAUCUCUUGCGCCAAAGAGGAGGCUCAAAGGCUUAGUGGGGAAAUUGAUAGUGGGGUCUCAAAGUUGAAGGGUGCUGAAGAGCACUGUCUUCUGUUGGAAAGAUCAAAUCAAUCUCUUCACUCUGAGUUGGAAUCUUUGGUACUGAAGAUGGGUUCUCAAAGUGAAGAACUGACAGAGAAGCAGGACGAGUUGGGCAAAUUGUGGAUGUGCAUGCAAGAAGAGCGAUUACGGUUUAUGGAGGCUGAAACUGCUUUCCAAACUUUGCAGCAUUUGCACUCUCAAACUCAAGAAGAACUGAGAUCUCUUGCUUUGGAGCUACAGAGCAGGGCUGAACUCUUAAGGGAUAUUGAAACUCGGAAUCAGAGUUUGCAGAAUGAAGUCCUGAAUAUUAAAGAGGAGAACAAGAGCCUCAAUGAGCUUAACUUGUCGUCAACCAUGUCAAUUAAAGAUAUGCAAAGUGAGAUCUUUAGCUUAAGGGAGACUAAAGGGAAACUUGAAGAGGAGGUUGAACUCCGAGUGGACCAAAGGAAUGCUCUUCAACAAGAGAUUUACUGUCUGAAAGAGGAACUGAAUGAGCUGAACAAGAAACACCAGGCUAUGCUGGACCAGGUUGAUGCAGCAGGCUUUAACCCAGAGUGUUUUGAAUCGUCAGUAAAGGAAUUGAAGGAUGAGAACUCAAAUCUAAAAGAAAUCAUUGAGAGAGAAAGAAGUGAGAAAGCAGCGCUUUUGGAGAAGUUGGAAAUCAUGAAACAGCUUCUUGAGAAGAAUGCCCUUUUGGACAAGUCCCUUUCCGAUUUGAGUGCUGAGUUAGAAGGGGCUAGAGGGAAGAUACGUGCACUGGAAGAGUCCUUACAAUCUCUAUUGGAAGAGAAAUCUACAUUUGUUGCUGAGAAGGCCACUCUAAUAACUCAGUUACAGGUAAUGACUGAGAAUUUGGUGAAAUUCUCAGAGAAAAACACCUUUCUGGAGAAUUUCCUUUCUGACGCUCAAGACAAACUUGAAGGGUUGAAGGCAAGAUCGAAAAUCAUAGAAGAUUCAUGCCAGUUGCUUGAAAAUGAAAAAUCUGAUCUUAUCAAAGAGAAACAUACCCUAGUUUCUCAGGAGGAAAUCACUCGGCAAAGUUUAGAAGUCCUUGAGAAAAGAUAUAGAGAUUUAGAAGAAAAAUACUCAGCUCUGGAGGAAGAGAGAGAGUCCACACUUCAUAAAGUGGAAGUACUACGUGUUUCCUUGGAUGUAGAAAGGCAAGAACAUGCUAGAAAUACCCAAAUGAGUGAGACAAAGUUGGCUGGAAUGGAAAAUCAGAUUUGUCUCCUACAAGAAGAAGGUUUCCGCAGGAAGAGUGAAUUUGAAGUAGAGAUAGAUAAAUCUAUGGAUUAUCAAUUUGAGGUCUUCAUCUUGCAGAGAUGCAUACAAGAUCUGGAAGAAAAGAACCACUCUCUUUUGAUUGAAUGUCGGAAACUCCUGGAAGCAUCGAAACUGUCAGAACAGCUGAUUUCUGAACUAGAGCAAGAGAAUCUUGAGCAACAGGUGGAAGUGAAAUCCUUGUCUGAUCAAACCAAGAGUUUUAGGAUGGGGAGGUAUGAGUUGUUGAAGGCUUUUAAUAUUGAUAUAGACCAUGGGUGUGUAGAUGAGAUUGGGCAAGACCAAAAAUAUUUGAGUCGCGUGCUUGGCAAACUUGAAGAUAUAAAAAAUUCUCUUCAUCAAGUCCAGGAUGAAAAUCAGCAGCUCAAACUUGAGAUGUCAGUUCUUGUCACAGUGCUUGGGCAACUAAGAUUAGAAGCAAAAACUGUUGAGAUGGAAAGAAACAUUCUUGACCAGGAGUUCAAGAUCAAGAAUGAACAGUUCUCUGUGUUGCAGAUUGAAGGAAACAGGCUUCUUGAGAUGAAUGAAGAAUUGCAAUUGAAAUUGAAGGAAAGGCACCAAAAAGAGGAAGUACUAACAACAAAGAUAGAGAAUCUACAUGGAAAGUUGUUGGAUAUGCAAUGCGCUUGCCAGAAUUUACAGAAAGUGAACUUAAGGAUGCUUGAAGAAAAAAGAUCCUUGACAAUGGAAUGCCUGGACUUGGAGGAAAAAAAGGGUACCCUAGAGGGGGAAAACUUUUCUAUCUUAGGUGAAACAUUAUCUCUGAGUAAUCUCUGUCUGAUUUUCAAUAGCAUUAUCAAUGAGAAUUCUGUGGAACUAAAUGAGCUUGGUGAAGAUGUAGACAAACUUCACUGCGUCAAUGGUGCCCUUGAGGACAAAUUAAGAACAAUGGAGGGAAACUUGGUAGAGGUACAGCUUGAAAAUUUGCAUCUGAGGGAGUCAUUGAAGAAUUCAGAGGAUGAGUUAAGUAGAAAAACAUCUUUCAGUGAUCAGAUGAAUUAUGAAAUUGCAAAUGGCAAGGAUCUGCUCAUUCGAAAGGAACUUGAACUUUCUGAAGCAGUAUGCAAGAUCACUGCCACAGAGAACGAGAAAUCAGUGUUGCGAAGGACAGUGGAGGAUCUGAAGAGGGAAAUUGAUGAUGUUAAGAUGGUUAGGGAUGACCAAGAAAAGGAUAUGGAUAUUGAGCUGCUAAAAGAAAGAAUCAGCACUUUGGAAGCCGAAAAUGGAGGACUCAAAGCUCAGUUGGCUGUACAUGUCCCAGCCGUCAUUUCUUUGAAGGAUUGUAUAUCUUCCCUGGAGAACCAUACCUGUUUGCGUAAAAAGCUUCAAAAACACCACAAUGAGGAAGUUAAGGAUCCUGAAUUGGUGAGUGAUCAUUAUGUUGAAAGCUGUGAAGAAGUGAGUGCGGAUCAAAAGAUGCCAGAUGCAUUUUCAGAGUUGCAGGAUUUGAAAAGCAGGGUUAAAGCUGUUGAGAAGGCAGUGAUUGAAAUGGAGAUGAUUGCGACACAGGAAAACUUAAACGCUAAUACCAUACUAGAGGCUGCUAUGAGACAGAUUGAAGAGUUAACAUUCAAAGGUGGAUCAAACCAAGAAGAUGUUAAGUCGGCUUCUGAAAUCUCUGAAUUGGAGAAUGGACUUCUGAUGAAGGACAUUGUGCUUGAUCAGAUAUCUGAAUGUUCAUCCAAUGGGAUUUGCAGGAGAGAAAAUGUCAAAGUUGAGAGUCAGAUGCUUGAGUCAUGGGAUGCUGCUGAUCUGGAUGACAGCAUUGAUCUUCUUGUUUGGAAGGGAAAGAAAAUAAUCACUGCACCUACAGAGAAAGGUACUGAGUGGCAUCAGGUUGAGGCGGUAAGGAAACGGAGGAGUAAACAUCUCAAUUCAGAUAUUCUGGUUGAAAAGGAGUUGGGUGUGGACAAAUUAGAGAUUUCCAGGACAUUUUCACAGACCCGUCGAGAAGUCAACAAGGGAAAGAUCUUGGAAAGGCUUAAUUCUGAUAUCCAAAAAUUGACAAACCUUCAAAUUACCAUUCAAGAUUUGAAGAGGAAAGUGGACAUUAAUGGUAAGAGCAACAAGAUUAAAGACCUUGUCGAAUGUGAUACUCUGAAGGGGCAGCUUGAAGAAGCUGAGGCGGCAAUCCAGAAGUUGUUUGAUCUCAACGGUAAAUUGAUGAAAAGUAUCGAUGGCAGAUCAUUUUCUGCUGACAACUCUGAAAUGAAGUUGGAAGAAAGUGGGAGUGUCAGAAGGAGAAGGAUUUCAGAACAGGCGCUAAAAAUCUCUGAAAAAAUUGGACGGUUGCAUUUGGAAGUGCAGAAAAUACAGUUUGUUUUGCUAAAACUUGAUGAUGAAAAUGAAAAAGGAAGUAACGGAAGAACUAGAAUUGCAGACACAAAAAGGAGAGUUCUGUUGCGUGACUAUCUCUACGGUGCUGUGAGAACUAGCCGCAGGAGAAAGAAAGUGAGGUUUUGUGGUUGUGUCCAAACUUCAACAAGGGGAGACUGAGGUAUUUUGACAUGUACACCGGCAUAUCAGCAGAGUUCAUAUUUCUGUUACAUUAUUCUUCAUUGUCUAUAAAUUUUCCCUCUAGAGCUAUUUUUCAGACUUAAAAUGUGUUUUUCUUGGUUUACAUUGGAGUGUUUUGUGUUUCUUUAGUUUAGGAAAUCGCUGUACAUGUCAGGCCCCUUCUAGUCAUAAGAAGCCAGCGGCUCUUGGGUAAUCUUGUUUCCUUUAGCCUUCACCUUAUUAAUUUGUUUCUUGUUGGCAAAUAUUUUCUUCAUGUUAAAUCAAAUUUAUUUAAUUUAA